AUGGCGUGUCUCUCUCACCUCAACCAGCUUCUCCACAUCACCACCCUCCCCGUCACACCUUCGAUCUCUCCGCCAACCACUACCGUCGGAUUCCGAAGCAAACAGUUCGGAAGACCUGUUGUGUUGGCAGAUGUUUCGAGGCGGAUGGUUUAUGUUCGGUCUAACACGAGCGACGAUGAGUGGGGGGAAGAGAAGAAAGUGCCUUCUCCGGCUGUGGCGGUUGGGGAGGUGAAAUUGGCGGAUAGUGAGACGGAGAAGGUGAAGAAGGCUUUGGUUGGUUCGUUUUAUGGGACAGAUCGUGGGUUGAAGGCGACGAGUGAAACGAGAGCAGAGAUUGUUGAGCUUAUUACUCAGCUUGAGGCCAAGAAUCCGACUCCUGCUUCUAAUGAUGCUUUGACUCUGCUUAACGGAAAAUGGAUUCUCGCGUAUACAUCCUUUGCAGGUUUAUUUCCGUUGUUGUCGAGUGGACUACUACCAUUGCUCAAGGUUGAAGAAAUAUCUCAGACUAUUGACUCUGAAAGUUUAACUGUCCAAAACUCUGUUCAGUUUGCCGGUCCAUUGACAACCACCUCCAUUAGUACCAACGCCAAAUUCGAAAUUCGAAGUCCAAAUCGUUUGCAGAUCAAGUUUGAGGAAGGUAUCAUAGGCACUCCACAGCUGACAGACUCAUUAGAGAUACCAGAAAAUGUGGAAUUCUUGGGGCAAAAAAUUGAUCUAUCACCAUUCAAAGGCAUACUUACUUCUGUCCAAAGCACUGCUUCAUCAGUUGUGCAAACAAUUUCCAAUCAGCCUCCACUGAAGAUUCCAAUUUCCAACAGCAAAGCUCAAUCUUGGUUGCUUACUACAUACCUUGAUGAAGAGCUGCGUAUCUCAAGAGGUGAUGGUGGCAGUGUGUUUGUUCUUAUCAAAGAAGGUAGUUCUCUUUUGACAAACUAA